GUGGAGAUACGCAGUACGUAGACGUGGAUUCCUUUAUAAGAUGAUUAUCAACAUAAUUGCCCAAGAGUUUUUUAAACUUGUCUCGGUUGAUUGUCGAGUAUCCGGCUGUAGAACAAUCAUGAAUGUACUACUCUACACGCAGAACGUGCAGUGGUGAUGACGACGAGACUGCCCAGUCAAGAGAAUGCAUGAAAGUGCUACGGCGGGGUGAAGAGACCGGCAAAUAACUCGGCUCCUUGAAUGAAACUCUCCUCCGGGCUCCAGGUUGCAUGUAGAUGUGCCUUUGCUUGCCUUAUGCUAUCCAUUUGCUAAAAAAUCACCUACAGACACACACGCUCUCAGUGAGUAACAUAACUACACAUAUUACAUUUAAAACUAACAGUACAGGUUAGCGUACCUUACGUACUUAUUAUAUGUGUGCUUACAUACACAUACAGCUGCAUAAUCAACAUGAUCAUCCAGUAAUACAUUCAAGGGAAUACCACCAUGUGAGGCGCCUCCAACCUCGUGAGACAAAAUAAUAAUACAAAGCACAUGGAAUCAUUUAUGGAACAGUAAGUACAGAACACAUUACCAUCCAGCCAGACUUUACAUACAUACAUAGAGAAUUGUCGAAGAAGUAGGGAUAAAACCUGAAUGAUCCAUAGAACCUGGUGUGAUUGUGUAGUCUACGUCAUACACUUAGCAGAGGGAGUAAGGAGUGAGCAUGAACAAGAACCUCCAGUACAGCGCGGUGGUGGUGGUGGUGGCGGCGGCAGCAGCAGCAGCAGCAGCAGCAGCAGCAGCAGCAACAGUCAGCAACAGAGCGAGCUUGUUGGUAAAUAAGAGAGACUGAGAGACUUGACGGUGGGAAACGGCGGCGUGGUGGGGGUUCUGCUUCGGAAAUGGCCGCGGGAAAGUAGAGAGCGGUGAGCGAAAAAAGUAGUUUUUUUUAAAUAAAAUUUUUUCCUCCACAUUAUUCACUGUGAGCAUAAUCUCCUCGUGAGCAGGCGGUUUUUCGCCGGGAUGCUGCGGUACUGGCGGCUACUCUGAGCUCUCAGAAAGGAAUAUUUAAGUGUACGGAACGAGACUUGCGAUAUUUGUGUGUGUGUACAUACACUGGCCACGAGAAAAAGGAUAUUUAAGAUAAGUCAGAUCAGACGUAGACUUUGAGUACAAGUUGGAGUGUCAGAAGCUCCAGGGUGAAGGGUUUUCUUUUCUGUGUAGUGUGUGAUCGUGUUGGACUUUAUUUUCCCACAGUCGGCCAACUAAGCGGUUUGACGGUUAGCUUACUAUACGACUUCCUGGAGAUAUCGCGGGCAACUAUUUUAUUUUAUUUUAUUUUAUUUAUUUAUUUAUUUCUAAUCAAAUAACCUGGGGCGUCUGGUUCUGGUCAGACGGAAAAAUCCACCGGAAUAAUUAAUAAUAAUUAAAAGGUGAUUAUUAAAUUGAUAUAUUUGGGUAAGAGAUGGCCGGUGACAGUACGACGAACAAUGAAAUUGGAGAGGGGGUCGAGCAGGGUGCGUCGGUAAGGGGGGAACGGCAUUCCAGAGUGGGCGGCAUUCUGGAAUGCGAUCCCCCCGGUAACAGGAAUUCUCUGAGUAUGAGCGACCAAGCCAACGAGAACACCGACGACCAAGACGACGACGACGACGACGGUGUUUGCCGCUAUGGUGUCAAUCCAGCAAACUCGGGGAUGUCUUUUAUUGAAAUUUGCCAGAUACGACUGCAAAACUUUUUCCCACAUCUUGCACCACCUUCGUCGCGAUACGGAAUCUGCGACGACAAUGUCGAACUGACCGCAGAAAUAUUGGCACAUGAUGUCAUACGAUAUCUUCUCAAAGAAGACAUGUACCUAAUAUCCAGGGACUCAAUAUCUCGCAGCAUGCGUCAUAAUGUUUAUCAGAUGUUGAACAAACACAGUAUCCUGUUUACCAGUAUGGUGAAUCGGCUUAAUGUCGUACCUGAUACAGCGUACGAGGCUUUCACAGGAGUUGCCGAUGAGUUGUUUUUGCACGGCGAAAUAACUUGGGCUAAAAUAGUCUGCUUGUAUGCUUUUAUGGGAAGACUGGCUCUCUGGGCUAGAGAUGGUAGGAUGCAUGCUUUGAAACAGAAAUUACCACUCUAUGUCUCGAGGUAUAUUGGUGAAGCCAUCGCACACUUUAUCAAAGGUUAUGGUGGAUGGGAACAAUUGUGCAUAGAAUAUCCAGUCGCUGAAGAAGUUAGUGGUGCAGUGUGGAGAAGUCUACUUAUGACUGGUGCAACGCUUAGUCUGGUUGCUACUAUUUUAACUGUCACUGCUUGAAAGUAGUCUGAUUAUAAAUUUUACAAAAUGAUUUUUUUUUGCUGUGAAAUAGCAUUUUUUAAAAAUUUAUCUGAUUCAAAAGAAGAAUCUUAAUCUUUACAUUAAAUGACAAAAAAAUAAUGAAGAACUGUAAAAUUUAUAUAUCAUAUAUAAUCAUUGAGCUUUACUGUUAU